CUCUCUCUCUCUCUCUCCCCUAACUUUCUCUCUCUUAAAUUUUAAAUCUUUCUUCUUGAAAUUAGAAGAAGGACUUGGCUUCUAUAUCAUCUCACACCUCAACAAAAGGUCAGACAAUGUUCUGAGCUCUCGUUCUACUACUUCUGCUUCUUGUUCUUCCACCGCUUCUUCUGUUCAGCUUUUUGUUUAAGCUCAACUUUUUAAAGCUCAUUUCACAUUUACAUGUGUAUGUCCUAGAACUAGAAGUGCUUUUGGCUCAAGUGCUUAAUUACCUACAAGCUAGCUGGUUUUAAUUUCAAGUUUUGGGGUUGAGAGAAUGAGUGUUUCUAAGUUCAUUAAAUGUGUCACUGUUGGUGAUGGAGCUGUUGGGAAGACCUGUAUGCUCAUUUGUUACACCAGCAACAAGUUUCCCACUGAUUAUGUACCAACAGUUUUUGACAAUUUUAGUGCAAAUGUUGCUGUUGAUGGGAACAUAGUGAACCUGGGGCUAUGGGACACUGCAGGCCAGGAGGAUUACAGCAGGUUGAGGCCACUGAGUUAUAGAGGUGCAGACAUAUUUGUGUUAGCUUUCUCCUUAAUUAGUAGGGCAAGCUAUGAGAAUGUUCUUAAGAAGUGGAUGCCGGAACUUCGUAGGUUUGCUCCCAAUGUUCCGAUUGUUCUUGUUGGGACAAAGCUAGAUCUUCGUGAGGACAUGGGGUACCUAGCUGAUCAUAUGGGAUCAUCCAACAUCAUAACUUCUGCUCAGGGUGAGGAGCUGAGAAAGCAAGUAGGUGCUGCAGCUUAUAUCGAGUGCAGCUCGAAGACUCAGCAGAAUGUCAAAGCUGUUUUCGAUACUGCCAUUAAGGUUGUUCUUCAACCUCCGAGAAGGAAGGAUGUGGCUCAGAAGAAAAGGCACCGGAGAUCUGCUUGCUUAAUUGCAAGCAUUGUGUGUGGAGGCUGUGAUGUCUAGGACGAAGCCAAAGAAUGCUAACCGCCUGCGGUUUGGAACAUAACGUUGUUUUUUAGCAGUUGCUCUUGCGGGUUUCCUGGCUUAAUCCUUACAGGCCAUAUAUUCUUAUGUGUGUAUUGUAUGUUCAAGUAUCGUUAAAUUAAACCGAAACAUGUUUGUUUUGAUUUCGCCAACUGAAAGGAGUGGGAAAUGGAGGGGAAUUGUUCAUUCUCUCCGGUAUUGCUACCAAGAAAAUAAUUUUGUUCUUCUGUUUAA